AAUAUUCCGGACAACAAAAAGUAACACGUGAAAUCUGUGUUGCGAGCUGCGAGCAAUGUCGACGGCCAAGUGCCAGUGCAUGGGCACAAAGCCAGGACCAGCGAUGAUGAGCCCGAGCGUGGCAACGCGUCCCGCUCCAAUGCCCUGUCCAUGCAAGAAGUGCCAGGAUCGGGCACGUGAUCUGAGAAAUGUUCGGAAUCAAUCGAUUGCCGACAGCAAGUCGGGCGUUUGCGGCAAACGCAUUAAUGGGGUGCCAAUUGGUCGGCCCAUGGACAACUAUAAGGGAUGCGCUGGCAAGGGACCAGGACCAGGACCAGGACCGGGAACGAGAACGGCAACGGGAUCGAAUUGGGGACCAGCCCAAAAGACCGAAAAUUGUCAAUGCUUUGCCGCGGCAGGAAUACGACCAGGAACGGGUCCAGGCAGAGGUCCGGGAAUGAGACCAGGAAUGGCUGUAGGAAUGGGUUCUGGAAUGUCUACAGGAAUGGGCUCUAGAAUAGGCCCAGGAAUGGGAUCGGGAAUGCAACCCAGUGGCUUUCGCGCCAUCGCCUUUGGCUCUGCAAGCUACGGCCGCGAAUCGAGCUUCGGUAAUUUAAGCCACCGGGAUGAGUCCGAGUCGCGUUCGCUGACAAGCGGCUGCCUCCAUAGCGUGGACUAUGGUAGCUUGAUGGAUAAGGAUUUUGGUAGGGACACGCUGGGCCUGCUCGUUCACCUGAGGGGCAACAAGGGUCUGCUGAAUGCCGCCAGCGGUGGCACGUGCAGCAAGCAUGCAACGUGCGACAAACGUUGCGGCAUCGACACCGAAUGCUUCCCCGUCUGCAAGAAGAAAGUGGCCAUCGACAGCGAAAGUGGCAGCGUCAAACUCGGUGGCACUGUCGGAAUUCAAGUUUGCAGCAACGAGUACAUUAAUAUGUUCAUCAACUGCCUCUUGGAGGUGCUGGGCAUACUGGUCUUCUUUGCCAUCUGCACGAUCGCAUUCUGGCUGACGCUGGGUUAUCAUCUAGUCCAGCUGUUGAUCAGCCUGAUCCAUGCCGAUCGCAGUGUGCACAUGGCCAUUGGUAUUGUGCUUGCCCUGCUAAUACUGGCGUGCACCGUUACACUGUCCACGCAACCCGGUGGCGUCUCCCCAAUCUUCAGCUGCAGCAAGUGCAAGCAGCCCAGCAAAUCGACCAGUGUCAAUCAAAUCAAGCUGAGCAUCUUUGCCAAAAUAAAAGCAAUGCUGCCAGUGCUGGGCAAAGAACAACAGCAGAAACAAUCCAACAAGGACAAGUCGAGAGGAGCUCGCAGUUAUUCGGAUUGCCAGGGUCGCAAGAUCUUCAAUAACUUGCGGCGCAGUGCGCUUCUCAUGGAAAUGAAACAGCCCCCAACAUGGAUCAUCUGGUUGAGCGAUUUUGUCAACCGCUUCCUUUGUCGAUCAUAAAACAAGGCCAUUACUUGGAAACGUAUCAAAAUUUGAUAUUAACUGCAAACAGUAAUAUUAAAGUACAAAUCUAAAAAGA